GCCAUUUUUCUGUUGAGAUCAGAACAAAACGAAGAUAGAUAGAUGCUCGAUGUACCUUUUCGUCCGUGUUCUCCAGUAUUGAGUCAAAUCAAGAAUAUACCGUGAUCAGUCCAGCUUCAGACAGACCUGAAUAUGAGGCUGUCUCUUGUACUAACCGUAUUCUUGUUCGUGCUGCCACAAGAAUAUUACGCACAAUUCCAGUAUCCCCUGACUUUUGGGCAAGCUGCUCGGGUCAAUCCUCUCGAUUUUGUCAGAGAGUUGUCCCACCUGCCUCUGCAGCAACAACGCCUCUAUCUCAUGAUCAUUGGCGAGGGUCUCAAGAAUCGUCAAGACCUGGCUUGCAACCCCUUUGGAGGCGCGGAUGCCUGCGUGCCCGUUAAUGCCUCUUCCAAGUUUGCUGGUUUGUGCCAUGACUAUGAGCUCAAGGUCGACUGCAUAUAUAUGUCUGAGGAAGAAUUGGAUGUGGACGAUGAUCCCACGGAUGAUUUGGCCAAAGCCAUGAAAGAAAGAGGUGUGGGGAACCUCAAAGACGCGUGUGAGCAAUGCUUCGAAAACCAGCGCAGCUUCUGGUGCGCGCAGACGGUGCCAAAGUGUGGCAGCUUUUCUGCGAGCAUCGAGCGGGCCCUUCUCCCUGCAAUCGCGGCUAUUGACAACGCAAGGGACUAUGGGAAGACGCAGCUGGAUGCUCUCUCCGAGGCUGUUCCCCUGCUCCUCAAUGCAUCCAGCCUCACGAUGCCGUGUCGAGAAAUGUGUGAGGCAGUUGUGGCCACGUGCGGCUGCAACAAUGAUUACAGCUUCGGCAAGCUGCUAGAUGCUUGGAUGACAAAGGGAAGCAAACUUUCGGAUCGCAGAAACGCGCUGCCAGCAGGAUUCACAGCUGGCGCCUUCAGCAAGCUCUAUGACAUGCCGUUGUGCUCGCUGUUCUCUCCAUCGACGGCGCGUGGUUUCAGCGGACAUUGUGAAGCCCUUCCCAAGACAUGCUCAGAUCCGCAGCAGUGGUGCCAUGGCGAUGGAGAUCAGAACAAUGGGGCGAUGGUUGUGCAAGAGCUGAUGGCGGGUCAGCUCGCCACCUCUCUGUUCGGCUGGGCUGGCGGCCUGUUCACGGAUCAACAGCAGAUGCUGGACGCCGCUGAUGAUGAGGGUGUCAAGAACCUCUUGUCUGACUACACUCCAGGUGCAAAGAAGCAGCACGGAGGUUCGCAUGUGGCGCUGGUGCUACUCCUAACGGUCGCAUGCCUUGUCUUGUUGGCAGCAUGUGUGUUGAUCUGGUACAGAUAUGGCAGCACAUUCAUGCGGGGCCGCUCUGCCACAAAUGAUGGGGGCUAUGUGUCCCUUGGCGUGGUGGACUCUACCCAUGCGUAUGAGCCACCUGCAGAGCAAAGGCUGUAGUUUUCUUCCUGAAUUGUCCUUGGGCAGCUUGCCGGCAAAUCUCAUUGCCAAGAAGGUGUGAAGAAUCCAAACCGAAGUCACGUUGAAUACAAAGUUCCUUUUUUGGCAGACGCAGAUAGCCAAAUCAUUUCACAUGAUGUGAACUACAUCAAUAUGUACCAAAAACUCCUCACAACCUCUUUCUUGAAUUGUAUCAUUGCCAUAUGUACUGUAUACUAUGUAGUUCUUGUAGUGCAUGUACGGUGGCAGACUUGCAAAUGCAGUAUCAUACGGUAUGUCUCGAGAUGCAACCCUCGUGCGUGCCAAUGGAUGGGCCAACCUAUAUCCUUUCACCAUGUGACUGCAUUGUUGUGAUUUGGGCAGUGCUGGGCUAAUUUGUUGCAGAUGAUGCAUGACUAAUGCAAUAUUAUUCUUUGUGCUUCCUUGGGCUUUGGGGUUAUCUUUGCUCCAGCUGUUGUUAUAAUUUAUGAUUUAAAUUUAUAACUUAUGGUUUAUUGAUUU